AUGUCGCAGCCGUUUGAAAAUUCGCCAUCACACGAGCAAUACCCCGAGCACAAUAAAGACACUUUCCAGCUGGUAAAAUCAGCUGAAUUAGUCGACCAAGAAUCUGGCUCACUGCAAUACAAUACCAGCAGCUCGGUUCUGUCUACUGAUGAUCGUGGUUUGAAACAUGGACUUAAAGAUCGUCAUUUAUCGUUGAUGGCACUUGCCGGAAUCAUUGGCCCUGGUAUUCUUGUUGGUGCUUCAAAUGCAUUGGCAGAAGGUCCAGCAGCCAUUUUGAUUGGGUUUGGUGCUAUUGGAGUCAUUGCAUUUUUCAUGAUGCAGUCAUUGGGUGAAUUGGCAACAUUGUAUCCGUCUGGUGGUGCUUUUUCAACAUUAGGAAUCAAGUUUGUUGAUUUUGGAUGGGGUGCCAGUGUUGGAUGGAUGUAUGUCAUUAUCUGGAUUGCUGUUUUAAGUAACGAAUAUAAUGCCGUUGCCAGUAUAUUGCAAUUUUGGGGACCUCAAGUGCCACUUUAUGCGUAUGUGUUGAUAAUUUGGCUCCCAUUUUUGUUGUUUCAAUUCUUGGGUGUUGCCGUUUUUGGAGAAGUUGAAUUUUGGUUGGCGUUGUUCAAGAUUUUGGGAUUGGUGGCAUUUUACAUCUUUUCAAUUGUUUAUGCAGCUGGUGGUGUUAAGGGACAGAAGGCAUUUGGUUUCCAUUAUUGGAAUGAUCCUGGCCCUUUUGCUUCUGGAUUUAAAUCGGUUGCUAGUUGUUUUACAUUUGCCAGUACUUUCUACAGUGGUACUGAAAUUGUUGCUGUUUGUGCCGCUGAAACAAGGAACCCAAGUAAGGCUGUCCCCACUGCUAUUAGACAAACUUUUUGGCGUAUCUUGCUUGUUUACAUGGGAAUUGCCAUAUUUUAUGGAAUGACUGUUCCAUACAAUGAUGAUAGAUUGGGCAGAGACACCAAAGCUUUGAAAUCACCAAUGACCAUUGCCAUUCAAAGAGCUGGAUGGGAAGGAGGUGCCCAUUUGAUAAAUGCCUUCAUUGUCGCAGUUUGUGUUUCGGCUAUUAAUUCAUCAAUCUACACUGGAUCAAGAGCUAUGGUACAUUUGGCAAAUGAAAGGUGCGCACCUUCAAUCUUGAAAUGGGUCAACAAGCAAGGUGUGCCUUAUGCAUCAGUCAUUCUUAUGAACUUGUUCGGAUUGAUUUCCUUGAUGAACCAAAGUACUGGUGCAGCUGAAGCAUACAACUACAUUGUCAACAUUUCCGGUGUUGCCGUGUUUAUUGUUUGGGGUAAUGUUUGUUUCUACCAUUUACGUUUCAGAAGAGCUAUGAAAUUGCAAGGAAGAUCUACUGAUGAAUUGCCUUACAAGGGUUUAUGGUACCCAGUUUUGCCUAUUGCUGGUGUUGUUUUAAACAUCUUCUUAGCUUUGAUUCAAGGUUGGUCUACUUUCAAACCAUUUUCCGGAAAGGAUUUCGUUGAUGCUUAUAUUUUGUUGCCAGUGUUUUUUAUCUUCUUCAUUGGAUUCAAGUUGUGGCAUAAAUCCAAAUGGGUCAAUUUGAAUGAAGUUGACUUGGAUGAAGGAAGAAGACAUGAUACCGAUUUUAUUGAAGAUGGUGAAAAGGGUGUUGAUAUUCCUGUUGGUGGAAAACACAAGAUUAAGUGGAAGCCAUGGGAAUUGUUUUAG